AUGAGGGAGAGAUCAAGCAUAGCGAAAGACUCCAGAGUCUGGAAUCGGGAGGAGUACGUUCGGCUUGAACGAGAUUCAUUCAGUGUUUUCGUGGACAGUUUACCAGCGGAUAUCUCGAAACGCGAGUUGUUUGGGUUAUUCUCUUGGACGGGACGGAUCAACGACAUAUACCUCUCAAGAAAGACGAGAAAUGGGAAGAUCUACCUAUUUGCCUUCAUACGAUAUACUACGAAGGGAGGAGCGCUGAAGGCUAUUGCUGAAAUGAAUCACAUGCUAUUAAGGGGGAAAGAGCUUUAUGUAGGGGAUGCUAAGUAUAGGAGGGAUGCUUCUAAGGGACGAAGAGUGGCAGAGGUGGUGGCGGAGGGAAGGCCACACCACCGCCAGGCUGAGGUCAAUAACGCGGUAAGGGAGCACACAGUUGGGAUCCAGCCAUCUCCAAACAUGGUGCAGGGGGCACGGCCGAGUGCUCUAGAUAUUGCAACACAUGCCAUAGAGGAGGAUUCUAAGAAAAUGGGGGCAAUGUUGUCAAUCUCGAAUGGCUGCAAAGGAGUGUGA